GGCAACGUUUCAGCGGGCCAUGAAUAUGGCCUUCGCUGAGUUCGUUAACAAAACCCGACUAACCUAGCCCCUGAUCAAUUUCUGCGUGAUUGUGUAUAUGGAUGAUAUUUUGGUCUUUUCGAAAACACACGAGUACCACGUGGAACACAUCGAGUGGGUUUUGCAUGCACUGAAAGAUGUCGGGUUCAAAGUGGCCUUGGAGAAAAGCGAGUUCUUCUUGUCGGAGAUUUCAUUCUUGGGGUAUAUCGUCACGGUCGACGGGCUAAAACCGGAUCCGAGGAAGGUGGCAGCAGUUCAAGACGCCCCGGCGCCGGUCACACUCACCCAGGUUCGGGCUUUUCUGGGGAUGGCAUCCUAUUACCGACGCUUCAUCAAGGGGUUCGCCGGUAUAGCGAAGCCCCUCACGAACCUGCUGAAGAAAGAGGAACAACAAAUCUGGACGCCGGAAUGCGAGGCAAGGUUUCAGGCGUUGAAGGAGGCUCUGACAUCUGCUCCUGUGUUGGCGCGUCCCGACCCGACAAGACCGUUCGCACUGUACACGGACUGGCAGCCUCAGGCGAUAUCGGCAGUGCUGACUCAGCACGGGAAGGACGGAAGGGAGCACGUCAUUGAGUAUGCGUCCAAGACGCUGAGCCAGGUGCAGGCUAAUUACGAAGCAUGCAAAGUUCCGGGGAGCAGGAUGAACCAUCGCCAGCCGGAGCAUGAGCCCCUCGAGCACUUCCAGACGCCGCUUGCAGAUCGCUUGUUGCGGCAUCGGAUUAACGAGGAGAGGCAGUUGCGGUACGACAUCCAACAGGUGAACGUGCCAGCGCCCGGGGUUGCUGAUCUGGCGGCAUACUCGUUGCUUUGCGAUCGGCUGACAUAUGCGGGGGUGUACGUGGACGUGACGCAGUUGCCUGGUCGGGAGAUGACCCUGGUAUUCAUUAAGUUUCGUGCGCUCCAGGUGGCACCCAAUUUCAUGCACAGCGUCGCCACCUUCAUUGGAGACUUGACGAUCCUCCAGCAGGAGAAUCGGGAGCCGACGCGCAGCUUUGUGCGCGAGUAUGCGGUAGAAGCGGCCAGAUUAGUGGCCAGAGUGCAUGGACGGAGCGGGCACCGAUUCACAGCCCACGAAGUGCUGCUGCGUAGGGCAGAAGACGGACCGAUCGCGCUGUACCUGGUGGAGCUAACUGACGUGGAGCCGCUGCCCUUCGCCGACGAGGACGCGUGGGAGUUGCACCGUGCGCUGUACAAGUCGGCGGCGCUGGGGAUGUUCCGGUUCUUCGUGGAUCACAAAGACCACGCUAUCGGUGAGCACUUCGUCGUUUACUACGUCAUCACGCGACCCAAGCCAGCGGAGAAGGAAGGGACGGUCGCGCUGUACCCAUUCGCCCAGCUCCAGACGAUCGAUCCGGGAUUUUUGGAGCUCAUACAUCUUGAGCUCCUCUCCAUCGCGCAAGUGAUCGCGAGCGAGGAGGAGGAGAUCCAACCGCGACUGCGGACGGCGACGGCCCCGCGGAGAACGUACAAUGCGGUCGUCAUCCCGGAUUACAUUGCGCAGCGCACGGAGAGAUUGGACAACUUCCCGGAGGAAAGGCCGUUGCGUCCUCCCUCAUCGUACUCUCAGCCAGCGCCACCGAAGGCCCCCAAGAAGACGCCGAAGAGGAAGAGACGCCACCCGUCGCCAGGAGUGCAAGGAAGCAGGAUCGGAGGCGGCGAGGAAGUGAUUCAGCCCGCGCGCGCGGCGACGCUCGUUAAGGAGACUAUCGUGCCAUUGCCGCCCAUUCCGCGUGUGCCCGACCUCAAUCUUGAUGGAGUCGGGCCAUCAUCAACAGCAGCAGCCGGAGGGGGAAGCCGAAUGGGAUUUCCGGAUCCCAUAUCCAGACCCCCCGUCCUCACGGGACCUCUCCCCCAGGUCAUCAUCACCCUUGCAGAUACUAUGUCCGAAGGAUCUGUGCUUAAUGGAGCAACGACGAGUCCAACUCAUGUGCUGAACUCUGUUAUCAUACAUACACAUGCGAUCAUCCAUGAGCGAUUAGGAGGUGUCGCCGUCGCUCCAUUCCUUCCAGACACUGAUGUCAAGAAGUCGGUGGGAGGUGCACAGGUUGACAUCCGGCCACAAACAUCUAGACGGAGGACAACGAGGAAGAACAAGAGCAGCACAGGGACGAAGCCGCAAAGUACAUUGUGGUCAUCGAAGAGCGCUAGUGGAAGAGAAGAUAGGCUGAAACUUCCUAGUAGGCGCUGCCUGCGUUUGAUGAGAGAUGUGUAUGAAGUGCGCUGCCUUCCAGGGGCAGCAUCUGUUCCUUUUGCAGACACUGACGCCAGCAUUGGCAUUGGUGUGGACAGCGAGGUGGCCAUGGAUGUGAAAGGCGGAGGGGAUGGUGAGCAGAGGGUUGAUUCCACAGCCACCGCUGCCGACGGCGCCGCUGUCACGACUUUGCCGGAAGAGUGCUUCAGGAAGGAGAGCACUGCAGGGGCUUGUCAAGCCUCCCCCAUCUCCCUGACAGGUUCUUCUAGUCCCAUGGGCGCAGCAUCCGUGGUCCUUGUGAAGAAUGGAAUAAAACUGGAUUGCACUUUCGCAUCAGCAGCCGAUCUUUUGCGGUCACUUCCUAAUCAUGCCUACACGACAACUCGUACGACUAAGGAGGGAACUUUACUCAUGUGUUGGGAUCGGCACAUGUUGCGCCUAUUCGACUCGAGGAAUCGCCUUCAUCUCAGUCAAUGCACAGGAUCCGCAUUAUCGUCUAUGGGCACAAAUGUUGCUGCCAAUGAUGAGAAGAAUGCAAAGGAGGAGGAGGAGGAGGAGGAAGAUUUUGCCUGUUUCAAGUCGAAAGUCGAAGCUUCAGUGCACGUGGCUAUGGAGGAAGCAUUACUUACCAAACGAGAGGGAGAAGGCGAAGAACUCAAUGUGGUGAUACUUGCUGGUAUUGGAGAGAAGAAAGGGGAUGUGUAUGUAAACGUGGCCCCUUUGCGGCUUCUGAAGGAAGAUGUGGCCUCGCUUCCAGCACCUGUCGAGGUUGCGGUUAUGGGUCCGGCUCGUACUCUGCCUGAUGUCAAGUACACAGAUUGGGUAAAGAUCAGGCGGAGUCUUGAGAAAAACAAACCAGCUUCAGUGUCCGAAGUCAUUCUGUCAAAUGAUGGUCGAACUUUACUUGAAGGCAUGGUCACCAAUUUCUUCGUAAUUAAACGACGAAGACAGCGGUCCGAGAAUUCCCAGGAGGUGAGCAUUGUGAUGAGAGAUGAUGAUGGUGAUGAUAAUGCUCGUGACGAGAAGCAUGGUUAUGGUGGCAACGGUCAUGACAGUGAUAUCGGUGGCAGUGGUGAGAAAACUGGUCGGUCGUCUUCUUCUUUUCCUCCUUCCACCACCUCCUCCUCCUCCUCCUACUCAGGGUCUCUGUCGGUUACGACAGAGCCAUGUGGGGUGUCGAUAACAGACAUAGAACUCCAAACUGCCACUCUUGUCGAAGGAGUGUUGCCUGGAAUCAUAAGGUCUUUAAUUUUGGACAUUUGUGCGGAGAGAGGUAUAUCCGUUCGGGAAACAGCACCGUCUCUGGAUGAUCGAGCAGAAUGGAUGGGUGGCUUUCUGACGAAUAGCCUCCAUCCUUUGCGUCCCAUCUCCUCCAUCUACCUGACCUCUGAAAGCACCUGGUCAACGGCUAUGGAUUCAUGGUCUUCCGCUGCAACAACCCAAUCCUCGUCUUCCUCCUCGUCCUUAGCAUCAUGGAGCCGAUACGAGCUUCCGGCAGCUCAUGCAAAUUUUACCAAAGCCAUCGCGAAGCUGGUUUGGGAGCGUGCACUGCAAGAAAGCAUACAUGUGAAGGCCUUGCUAUCUUCCUGACAAACAAUUUAAAGGCUAAACGCUAAAAGCCUUGCUCUCGUCCCAAACAAUCAAGCUAUAAAGGAAACAGCUUGGGAACCGACAGACUGUAAAUCAAUUCCUUUGAAACAC